AUGGCUGCACAUUUUAGAGAUCACAUACGCUCCUAUAAUGCUGCAUUUUCAUUUACUUCAUUUGGAGCUCAACUGGACCCACGAAUAGCUCGCACUAGAGGGCCGUAUUCAUUCACUAUAUGUGGGGAGAAUUACCAUCGUAUUGGAUCUUUACUUCCUGUUGAAGGUCGUCGACCAAAGUAUGCACAACUAUAUGUUUUUUAUCCUGAAUCUGAGCUGUCAGAUCGUCUAGCAAAUUUCUCAUCUUCUGAAACACGGUUAAGGCCAGAUAUUAUUUCUGGUUUAAUGAAGUUGUUUGAUGUCACGAAUGAGCUGGUUAAAUCUUUCCGUCGGAUUCAAACUCAGCUUCGUGAUCCAGCAGCAAACAAUUUGCGUCUUCGAAUUGUUGGUGCUCGUGAUAAUUCUUCCAGGCAAUAUGAUCUUCCCACUGGAUCUGAACUUGCUGGUUUAAUACCAGGUGAUUUUGUUGCUGAUAAGGCAGACCGUGACAUUAUUAUUGAUAAUAGAUCUCAUGGGUUGCAAAGAAUCAGCAGUCUCAAUCCUAAGUUCGAUGCUCUCCAUUUUCCGAUCCUAUUUCCAUAUGGAGAGGAUGGCUUUCAUGAGCAUAUUAGUAGAUCUUUUCAUGUCAACCAACCUGCAGAUUGGAUUGAAAUACCUACUCAGUUGCUUAUUGAACCUUCUGAUGAUUGUCUAUCUACAAUAGCUGCUGUAGUGUAUGAUGCAUUUGCUGAAAAUUACUACAGUAUAUCAUAUCUUGCUGAAAGAUCAAUCGUUACUCCAACGAAUCAAAAUGUUUUAGAGUUAAAUGAUCAUAUGCUAGCUAUGGUCCCAGGUUCAGUAAGAUCUUAUUUCAGCUGUGAUACUGUUCAUUCUGAUUCGAAUGAUGCAGCAGCUAUUAGUUCAGAAUAUCCAACUGAAUUUCUGAAUUCUCUUUCUUUUAAUGGGUAUCCUGAUCAUCAGAUUGAUCUUAAGGUAUUCACGCCUAUCAUAUUGUUGCGAAAUCUCAAUCCUUCAAUUGGAUUAUGUAAUGGAACAAGAAUGAUGGUUGUCUACUUAGGUCACUAUGUUAUCAGAGCUAUUAUAAUGGGAGGCACAUUUGAUGGGAAGACUGUUGCUAUACCAAGAAUAGUUCUCAGUAUUAAUGAUUAUCGAUGGCCAUUUGUGCUGAAACGACGGCAGUUUCCUGUCCGUUUAUGUUAUGCGAUGGCGAUCAAUAAAAGUCAAAGACAGACAUUACAACAUGUUGGUGUAUACCUAUUAAAGCCGGUUUUCAGCCAUGGUCAACUAUAUGUAGCCAUCUCUAGAGUGAAGUCCCCUGCUGGUUUGCAUUUUCUCAUCCUUAAUGAAGCAGGCAUUCCAUCCAAUUACACACGAAGCAUUGUGUAUCCAGAAACUUUUUCUGAACUUGAAGAAUCUGCUACAACUGCCUUGGGUUGA